AUGCCCUUUCACCACUCUAAAUCCUCGAAUUCAUCGCAGUCACAGAAUGCGCAGCAAAACCUGCCCUUGGGAGCUGUCGCUGGUAUUUUGCAAGCAGCGCAACCCUUAGGAUCAAUCGGCGCGCCAACUGGCAACCUGCACCAAGCAUUGUCAAAUCGAACAAGCACCACCAGCGAUCGUUUCGUGAACAACACUUCGCACUCGAGCGCGCCUCCAGCAACCCGUUCCGAAUUCUCCUCAGCAUACGGUUCCACCUCCCCAAAUCCGAACGCAGUGGUGCCAUCGAGCAGCACUGUGAACCAGCCGCCUCAAUUUGAUACCUCGAGACAUACUCGGCCUGACGAGCGUCGCUCACUCCCAAGUGCCGGCGCAAACAAUAUGGCUUCGCAGAGAGGCGCCUUAUCUCCACGGGACUACACACCAGCGGGCCCUCGCAUUGGAAUUGAGCAAGCCACGCCCGAAUCAGCUCAAUAUCACAGUGGUGGGCAAGUCCCUGGAUCUCUACAAGCCGGCAGGCCUGGUCCAGUAUCAUCUAACUCGGCGACCUCAGUUCCAACAGGCGCUCAAAACAUGUCUCAAGAUCAAUACAGUACGCCUUCUCGUUCCUCGGGCAUGGGAUCAUCUCAUAAUUACACGCGCUCGAGCCCAGCCGGGUUCGAGGGACAAAGCUAUGUUGGAGGAUACGGUGCGACAACCCCUGGCGGUAACGAUUUCACCUCUCCAACGAGCUCAAAAUAUACCCCCCAAAAUGCGCAGCGCAACGUGUCGAAUACUCCUCUCGGUCUUGCGGAUAUCCGUCCUCGUGCGGAUUCCGGUCUGGAAAGUCCAUCUGGAGCGAAUCCAUACUCCUAUGAUGGAGCGAACGCCGUACCUACAAACAGUAACUACCUAGCUCCCUGGGCAAUCUACGCUUUCGACUGGUGUAAAUGGCCUGCUCAAGGUCGGGAUGGAGGAAAAUUGGCUGUCGGAAGUUAUCUCGAGGACGGACACAACUUUAUUCAAAUCCUCGAUUCCCAUAUCACUCCUUCCCCUUCUGAAUCAUAUACCCCAGGAGCUUCCAAAUACGGUCUGGACUUUGUUAAAAUCGCCGAAGCAACACAUUCAUAUCCAGUAACAAGAUUGCUUUGGGAGCCACCUUCAUCGCAGAAGCAAUCGACGGAUUUACUUGCCACUUCUGGCGACCAUUUGAGGCUAUGGUCGUUGCCAUCAGAGACACCACUUCCUUCUCCAGGGAACAAUAUAACCCAAAGGACAAACCAUGGACGGGAUCAGCCGGCGAGUAAACUCACGCCAUUGGCUCUCCUCUCCAACUCAAAGACACCUGAACACACCGCACCAUUAACGUCACUGGACUGGAACACCGUGUCUCCUAGCCUGAUUAUUACAUCUAGUAUAGACACCACAUGUACAAUUUGGGAUAUACCGACCCUCACGGCCAAAACUCAGCUGAUAGCUCACGAUAAAGAAGUGUUUGAUGUCAGGUUUUGCGCCGAGAGCACCGACGUGUUUGUCAGUUGUGGUGCGGAUGGGAGUGUUCGAAUGUUCGACCUAAGGAGUUUAGAGCACAGUACGAUCAUUUACGAACCGAGCUCUAAAGACGAUAAAGAUACGAGUCCCGGUGGUGGAAGAAUAAGUCCUACGUUGGCACAACAAACAAUGUCAUACGCUCCACCUCUACUUCGAUUAGCGGCAUCUCCUCACGACCAACACCUUCUUGCUACCUUCUCUCAGGACUCCAACAUCAUCCGGAUUCUUGACGUGAGGCAGCCGGGCCAGGCACUGUUAGAACUUCGUGGUCAUUCGGCCUCCGUCAACUGCAUUGAGUGGUCCCAAUCCCGCCGUGGAACACUUGCGUCAGGUGCAGACGACUCUCUGGUUCUCAUAUGGGAUCUACUAAGUCAAAGCACCGCACUUGCACCACCUGGGCCGGCUUUGAACGGAGCCCCUCUGCCAGACAACAGUAGAGGUCCUGCCGCGAGCUGGCAGUGCGAUUAUGAAGUUGGCAACAUCAGCUGGGCACCACAUAGUGGUCUGAACAAUGAUGGUUCUAAUUGGUUAGGUGUUAGCGGAGGACGUGGUAUCUGGGGUGUCAAGCUCUGA